GGUAACGUUGUUAUUGUGACGUCCAGGAGGGAGAAUUCGAAUUUAGCCACGCCCCUUCCAUGCCGCCACUCUGCUCGGCUGCGGACGGUGCGAAGGGGAGACGCGGCGCCCGGGGCCGGGGCCGGGGCCGGACGGAGCGGAUAGUCCCUGGUCCAGCUCAGGGCUCCCUAGAAAGAUGGAGAUGGCAGAAGAAGAAGAUAUAAAAUUUAUCACCGAUGAGAAGUUUGACUUUGGUCUGUCUUCUCCUUCAGACAGCCGAGAGGAGGAGGUCCGGCAUGUCGAGAGGGGCGUGGCACAAGGGCUCGACCUGAACGUGCAGCAGAGGGAGGACACGGGCCGGAGCAGAGAGUGCCUGGCCCGCUGGAGCCCACUGAGUGCUGAGAAGCUGGAGGAGAUCGUGAAGGAGGCCAACUGGCUGGCCGUGCAGCUGGAGAGGUGCAGCCUGCGGGAGAAGGAGAAUGCCAGGGCCGGGCUGCUGGGAGACACGGCGCUGGGCCCAGCGGGGGAGCCCCUUGUGUCCAUGCGGCUCCCGCACAAGGAGCGGGCGAGCCCCCGGAGCCCCCGGCGCGAGACCUUUGUGGUGAAGAACAGCCCCGUCAGGGCGCUGCUGCCCACCGUGGAGCCAGGGACGCUCCUCCCCCCGGGGAAAAGCCCCUCGCCGUGCGCCAGAGCAGCACCGACUCCCCCCCGCCUCCGACACAAGCUGGGCAGCUGCUCUGCUGGCGGCGAACGGCUCCGUAAGAAAUCCACCCCCAGCAAGGGCCCCGCUCUGUCUCCCACAAAGAGAACCGAGAAGCUGAGCCUCCAGGACCGGCCGCCCAGCUGUGCAUCGCCUGCCCGGGGGAGGAGAGAACCAAUGGGCCCCAGGCCAUCUCCCUCCCAGCCCCGCCCUGCACAAGAGCCCUCGACGCCCCGCAGGAGAGCGGAGCCCCUCCAGAAAGCAAGUGCAGGUCAGGCUAAGGCCUUCAGGGGCGAUACUCCCCAGCUCCCAGCCAGCGCCAGGCCUGCCCCCGGUGCACACGCCCACCAGACCCAGGCCAGGAGUAUGGCUGCCCCUGUGCCCACGAGUCGCCGCCUGGUGCCCAGCAGCAUCCCCAAGCUGGCCAGCCGCGUCAUCGUCCUGAGCAGGGCUGCCGUGCCCGGGAGGCCCAGCCAGCCGCAGCCCGCGGGCCGUGGCUCAGCUGGCAGGAGAGUGCUGCCGAGCGCAGCCGGACAGAGGGGCCCCGGCCCUCAGCGGACGGCCCCUCCAGGAAGCAGGCUGCAGCCACCCCGGGAGGUGACCUUGCCCAGGUCUCCGAGGUAAAGCUCUCCCACUGUGUGGUGUGUGAGCCGUAUGGGAGCAGAGCUGCAGAUCAGAGCAACCCCUGCGAGCUGUUUGCCCCAGGGCUGGCGCCGCCUGCAGGUUUCCUACGUAACUGCACGGACGCUUCAGGAGCAAGGCUGCCCCUGUCGGUGAGAGCAGCAUCCUUGGUUACCAGCCACCUCCUGUGGCAGGAGCUGUCCGUCUUGCCCUGUGUGUUCUGCAGCCCGUCAGUGGCCGUCUUGUGCAUUAACCCCACAGCCACUUGUCCUCCCCGCAGGCCUGGGGCUGUUCCCUGCACUAAGGGCCCAGCACCCCAGUUGGGCCAGGUUUGCAGCAGGGCUCCGCAUGGUGGGUGCUGAGCUCUCUAGAAAACCUGGAUCCAUAUCGUCCCACCACAUGGGCUUUGGUCUUUAAUCCUUCUCCACCCGGCCAUCUGCACCCAUUGAUGGAUGUCUGACACCCACAAGCCCAUGCAGCCUGCCUCACGCGACUUCCUGCCAUGGCACUGGGCUGUGAUAAAACGGUUUGAGACCAGACUCAGCCAAGACCCCGAUCCUCCUCAUGCUGGCAGAACUGGACUGACCCUUCACCUGCCCGCAGGGCAUCCGUUAGCAGCACGUCAGCUUGGAGGACAUGGGAGAACUCACGGCCGCCACCUGCUAGGCGGGCAGCCUGAACUCCCCGGUUUUGAGCCUCUGCUCGGGGGGGGUCAUGGUUAGUUUUACUUUGUUUUUUAGUUCGAGGAGGGGGUAAUGCUGAGCUUGUGUUGUGCAUGUGGACUGAGCAGAUUGC